UUUUUUAUUUGUUUGAAAACAGUCGAAUGGUAUUUGAAAAAAGAACGUUAACAUAAUUAGUUAUUAAAAAAGAUCAUGGAAAGUUCAGGGGAUCAUACUUUGAACAGAGAAACUGCUAGCGAUAGCUCUUCAGGAUUUGGAGAGAUUGAAGUAGCAGCCCCGUUGGAGCAAAUAGAAGGCAAUGAGAAAUCCUGCCACCAUGAAGAUGUCACUAAGGUAAAGGAACCAAUAACAAUAUUGAGUGUGGAGGUAAUGCCUUCGGGAUCAGCAGAUAUUAGAGAAAUUUGUUCAAAUACAUCAACUGAUAAUGUAAAUCAGCACGAGGUUUUGAAUGACAAUGGAAUCAUAGAUUUCAACCAAUAUGUUAUGGAAAAAGAUACUGAAACGCAAACAACAAAUAUUCAUACUGACAUGAAGGACAUCGCCGAUGAGACCUCCAUGCCACAAGAGGCAAUCAGUGAUCAUUUAAAUGACCCUAACGAUUCCAUUACGAGUGAUCCUAGGCAAAACGCAUCUAACCAAACUCAAUUUGGAAAAGAAACUAUUGCUGAUGAUAAUGUGCACUUGACUAGUCAAAAGUUUUGCUUGGAAACCAGUACAAAUACUCUGUCAACAACGGGUCUAAGCUUGCUAGCCCAAUAUGGGUCUGAUAAUGAUUCCGAAAGCGAAUCUGUGGUUGAAGUACCUCUGCCAGCAAAUCAAGAUUAUCGCAAUAAAAUAGUAGAGAUUGAUUCCGACUCCGAUUCAGAUUCCAGCACAAGCAGCGAUUCGGAUGUGGAAUAUCUUAAUGUUUUGCGCCAGAAAAUAGACAAACGUUUGAUGGCAGAUGUUGAAGACGAUGAUGAGGAAGAUGAAGAAGGCGAUAAUGAAAACGGCAAAGAUAGAAGAAAGCCUAAGCCUAAAGUAAGAGCCAAGGGUGAGUUACUUAUUGAAGACCUGCCACCCAUACACGACUUGCAAAUAACAGUGACAGAAGAUGAAUGCAUUGAACUUGGAAAGAUACACUCAAUUGUUGAUCAAUUGGUUUUGGUAAGUACUUUGCCCAAUUCAAUGUUGCUGGAUUUGGAGACAGUUUUAUUUUUGGAGAAAGGCCAAAAGGUUUUGGGUGAAGUAUUUGAUGUUUUAGGCCAAGUUGCUGACCCCUUGUACUGUGUGCGUUUUAAUUCAAACAGUCAAAUUAACGAAAAGAACAUUCAAAUUGGUGAUGUUGUAUAUGUGGCUCCCAAAAAGCAGUACACUCAGUUUAUUAUACUGUCUAGUCUAAUGAGUAUGAAAGGCUCAGAUGCUUCGUGGGAAAAUGAUAUUGAACCACCACCAAGAUAUCUGGACUAUUCUGAUGACGAACAAGAACAGUUGGCAAGAAGGCAGCUAAGAAACAAAAACAGACCCACAGAACAUGAAGAUGCAGAGAAACGUCCGCGUAAAGAUAAUGACGAAGGGCCACAAACUUCAAGUAAUAGAUCCCCUCAAGUUGGUCAAUAUAGAAAUCGCCAAUCGUUUACACGAGGAAGCGAGGAAUCAAAUCAAAAUCAUAAUUCCUAUGGAAGACCUCGUACCCCUCAACAUCAAUAUCGAGCUCCUAGUCGCAUGCAACCAAAUCAGUACAAUAAUCAUCCAAAUUCUUGGCAUUCCAAUUAUUAUCCUCAAAACUAUCCGAUGCCUGCAGCAAAUUAUGGAUAUCAAGCUUAUCCACCAAUGCCAGUACAGGGAUAUCCACAAGUACCUCCAAUGUAUCCCAUGGUACCUUAUCCACAAACUCAUCAUGCCAUAAGACCUCCUCCAAAUAAUGCUUCUGUUCCACCACCACAAAUGGUCCCCGGUGUAUUUAAUAUGCGACCUCCAACAAUGGUGCACUUCGAUUCAUCAGCUCCACCGCCAGGAUCCCAAUAGCUUAAGAAAUAUAGUUUUACGAACAUAUAAUUCGUAUUAUACAAUAAUUUAAGAAGGAAAAUGUCUUCUUUUAAACUUUAAUUAAAAAUAUGAAUUUUAAAUCUAAUCAAAUUUGCUUUAAUACGUAUGAUAAACCUCUACCACAAACUUCCCUAUACUAAUAAAUUUCCCAUGAACGUUCCCUUAAGGAACAGGUUAUUUCCCGCA